CACAGUCGCGCCACACGGCCGGGACGAGGAGAGGCAACGACAAAUCCGGUCGAGGACCCGAGAGCAAAGGAGCGUCCGUGUGAAGAGAGAAGACCAGCGGGAAGCUACGAGGAGCGCAAAGAGCAGCCAAACGACGAGGCCUCCACUUGUGUGUGCGUGAGUGUGUGUGAGGACUCGGAUGGGACAGUGAGCAAUGGCUCUUGCGCAGCGACAGCAGGUUGGCACUAGGGGGCUGUCCUCGGGCCUCCUCCCCAUCUUCCUCUUCCUCCUCUCCCACGCAGUCCAGCCCAGCCAGGCAACAAUCCACAUUCCCUCCAACUUCAAGAGGCCUCCUGUUAUCAUCACACAGCCGGAGUCGGUCACCGUCUUCAGCAUCGAAGACCUCGUCAUGACCUGCGAAGCCUCCGGCAACCCUCCGCCCAUUUUCCGAUGGACAAAGGAUGGAGAGGAGUUCGACCCGGGAACUGACCCAGAGCUGAAGGUGACUGAGCGCUCCGGUUCGUUUGCCUUCUACACCCUCAGCAACACGAUGGACUCCCUGAAGCAGUACCAGGGCGAGUACGUGUGCUACGCAUCCAACGAGCUCGGCACAGCCGUAUCCAAUGAGGCCACACUCAUCACUGAUGCCCCCCCAUCCCAGCAGAAAGAGAAAAAAGUACAUGUGAAAUCUGAAGAGGGAAGCAGUAUUGUUCUGAAGUGCAACCCCCCACAGAGCUCCAUGGAGCCCAUUAUUCACUGGAUGGAUUGGACGCUCCACCAUAUCCAACUGAGUGAGCGGGUGGUUGUGGGAAAGGAUGGUAGCUUGUACUUUGCCAACCUCAAAACCACAGACAGCCGGGACGACUACACCUGCAAUGUCCAGUACCUCGCAACUCGCACCAUUCUGGCAAAGGAACCCGUGAUUCUGACGGUCAAACCCUCCAACUCAGUGCAGUGGAACAGGAGGCCCCACAUGAUGCGACCUACUGGAAGCCACAGCACUUACCAUGCACUCAGGGGGCAGACCAUCGAGCUCGAGUGCAUCGUCCAAGGCUAUCCAACUCCCAAGGUUGUGUGGAUUAGGAAGGACGGUGAGCUGUCCGAAUCGCGGACUGCCAAAGACAUGUUUGACCGCCGUCUGCGCUUCACCAAUAUCUCUGAGAGCGACGCCGGCGAGUAUCAGUGUCUUGCUGAAAAUUCCCAAGGGAAGACCACACACACAUACACAGUGGCAGUGGAAGCUGCUCCCUACUGGACCAAGGAGCCGGUGAGUAUGUUAUACGCACCCGGUGAGAACGUCAGACUCGACUGCCAGGCCGACGGCAUCCCUUCUCCAAGUAUCAUUUGGAGCAUCAAUGGGAUCCCCCUCUCAUCCACUGACAAAGACCCAAGACGCACUUUGACAGCCAGUGGCUCUCUCAUUCUAAUGGAUGUCAAUUUUGGAGACACGGCCAUCUACCAGUGCAAGGCUUCCAACAAGCACGGAGCUAUCCUCUCAAACACCAACGUUUACAUCAUUGAGCUGCCUCCUCAGAUCCUGACCGAGGAUGGUAACACUUACACAGUUACUGAAGGCCAGAAGGUUUUGCUGGAAUGUGACAACUUUGGAUCUCCGAAACCAAAAGUCAAAUGGCACAGUGGCAGUUCCUCCUCCCUUCUGGCUGAUUCCAGAAUUAACCCUCUCACCACUGGGGGUCUGGAAAUUUUCAAUGUCACACAUGAUGAUGAGGGUUUCUAUACUUGCUCUGUGCCAAACACUAACUUGUCCAUCAGUGCAGAGCUGGAGGUGCUCAACAGAACAGUGAUCCUUUCACCUCCACAAGCGCUGAAGGUGCAGCCUGGACAGACAGCCAUCUUCACCUGCCUUUCUCUAGUGGACCCCAAACUGGCCUCCCCACUUAUUCAGUGGAGAAAGAAUGACCAGAAGCUCUUUGCGUCUGGGCGUGAUCUGAAAUACACAUUUGAAGGACCGGACUUGAUUAUCUCUAAUAUAGAACCUGUGGAUGAAGGAAACUACACUUGUCAGAUCAUCACUAGUCUUGACAUGGCUGAAGCAACUGGCACACUCACUCUGCAUGAUCGUCCAGACCCUCCGACUCUUCUGCAGCUCGCACAUCCUAAAAGACGCUCAGUCACCCUCAGUUGGAUUCCUGGGGAUGAACACAACAGCCCUGUGAUUGAGUACGUGAUUGAGUUUGAGGAUCAGGUUUCAAAUGAACGCGGUUGGGAAGAGUUCAGCAGAGUAUCAGGGAACAACAACCAUGCCAUUCUCUCUCUGUGGCCAUUCAUGUCGUACCGUUUCCGUGUCAUUGCCAUCAACGAGGUGGGUAAGAGUGCUCCUAGCAAGCCGUCUGAAAUCUACAACACAGCGGCAGAAGCACCAGACAAUAACCCAGAAGAUGUCAGAAGCGAAUCCACUGAUCCAGAUACGCUCGUCAUCACCUGGGAGGAAAUGGACAAACGGGACUUUAAUGGACCUGACUUCAAGUACCGUGUGCUGUGGAGGCGGGUGGUGGGGAGCGGCCCUAACUGGCACCCAAGCUACACAACUGCGCCCCCAUUUCUUGUCACUAAGAUAGGCAACUUUUCUGCAUUUGAGAUCAAAGUGCAGGCUGUCAAUGAGAAAGGGGAGGGACCUGAGCCAGACCCUGUUAUUGGCUACUCGGGUGAAAAUUUUCCACUGGAGGCCCCCAUGGGUGUGGGAAUUGUUAUACUAAACAGCACUGCCAUUGGGGUGACCUGGGCUGCAAUAGACAGAGACACUGUCAGAGGACAUUUGCUAGGCUACAAGAUUCACUUGAAUCGGUUUGGCCCUCGGGAUCACCACGGAUCUCAAGGGGCCAGGGAGCCAACAACCACUGUUAUAGUGGAAGCAGGGGCCAAUGAGGAGAGGAAGGUGAUUGCCGAUCUCCGACCAUACUCCCACUACACCUUGACUGUCAGCGUGUUCAACAGCAAAGGAGAUGGGCCACCAUCUGAGAUGCUCUCCUUCGAGACUGAUGAGGGAGUUCCUCAUCCUCCAACAUCCUUGGUGCUAGACAGUCCAUCUGAGACAGAAAUGAUACUACGCUGGACACCGCCAAGACAACCCAAUGGGAUUCUUAUAGGGUACCUCUUGCAGUACCAACAAAUCGUAGAGAGUGAUGACAGCCCCAUGCAGAUGAAAAAAAUAGAUGAUCCCGCAAUCAGUCAUCUAACUCUGAAGGGCCUGGAUCGUAAUAGCCACUACCGGUUCUACCUGAGGGGGCGGACUGCUGCUGGAGAAGGAGAACCAAUCAUGAGGGAAGGUGCCACCACUCUGGAUGGAGUCCCUCCUGUCAACAUCAUUGUGUCUCCUGGAGAAAACUUUGUUAAUAUUACUUGGGUGGCGAAGAAGAGGCAUAGGAAUGUUAGAUUCCAGAUCCGAUAUCUCGAGAAUAAUGAUGGUGAUAAAUGGAAAAAUACGGAGAAAUUGGAUUCCUCUCAGUCCUUCUACCAGCUUCAGGGCCUAAGACCUGGAUGUCAUUAUCAUCUGAACUUCUUGUACAGCAACCUCACUUUCUUUCAGACUGAGAUUGACACAGUGGGAACAGGAGUGACUGAGGUGCAGCCCAGCGUUGCGACCCAGGGCUGGUUCAUUGGGUUGGUGAGCGCCAUUGUGCUCCUGCUGCUUAUACUGCUCAUCCUUUGCUUUGUCCGGAGGAACAAAGGGGGGAAGUAUUCAGUGAAAGACAAAGAGGAAGGCCCUAUGGACUCAGAAGCCCGGCCAAUGAAGGAUGAGACCUUUGGAGAGUACAGUGAUCUGGAGGAUAAGCGCACUGCCAGCCAGCCGUCAUUGUGUGAGGAGAGCAAGCUGUGUAGCGAAGACAACUUGGACUUCAAUGGGAGUAGCGUGUUGACCACCGAGAUCAACCUGGAUGAGUCGUUGGCCAGCCAGUUCAGUCGGCCCAGCGAGGACCCAGAGGUGCCAGAUAACACCCUGGUUAAUACCACCACCAAUUCUUCAGCUGCCAAUGGCCUGCCCAACCAAGUCACUAUCCUCGAUUAACCUCCAUGCAUCCGUGGAGGACCGUCAGACCAAAACAUGUCAACACAUAUGUGCCCGUACACUCCUGUUCCCUGCUGAGUAGUUUGAUGACCAAGACACAAUCAAUGUAUUGACAAUUCAGAUGCUGGUGAUGUCAUCUGAUGGACUAGACCGUUUUGACCAAAGGAGAAUUCAAGGUAUUGGACAACGUGACAUAAAUUAGACUGACCCUGACAUGGAGAAAUCCUUUCACUCUCUCAGAUCCUUUGUCAUCUGUGUUGUGGAUAACGUAAAAGACUAACUUUCAUUCAUCUUCUCUUUAUUUGUUGCCUCAAAUCCUCUUGAGAAAAGUUUUAAAAAAGAAUGUUUUGCAGUAGUAAGGUUCUAAGGAGGCUGCGUAUUAGAGCAACUGUCGACUGAAAGAGAAGCAUAAUGGGACACAGCUGGUGUGCCCCAUAAUCAUAAUUUAUCCCAUUUUCUUAAAUGAUUCAAUGUAAGUGCCAGUGAUUUUUUUUUUACAUCUAUUUGAUCUAAUCCCAUUUUCAUAUUUGAACAUUAAAUCCACAUACACACACGCACACACACAGUACUGUAUAUACCCAAAGAUAUGUAUGUCAUGUUUUAACUUCUCUUUAUUGACUUAUUUCAUGGAUUUGAGAUCUUUUGACCGAGAGAACUGAAGCCAGGUUUCUUACCAUAGCUAACACAGAAUGCAUUAAGAGGAACUUGCUGUGAAAAUGCCGAGUAGCAUCUGGUGUAUAUAUCUGCAUCUACAUGUAUCUGUUUAGCCAUAUUACAGUAUUAUAGCUCCUGGUCCUUACAAUUCCUGUGCCUGCUGGGUUUUGCAUAGAGCACCAGACUGAUGUCAUUAGUCCAUCAUUAAGUGUAAUGUUAUGAUUGGAGAUGAUAUUCUACGUUUUGUGUCAAGAGUUACAGUUUGCUUUUUGUAUCUCGUCCUUGUCUCUUUCUACACUGUCACAGUCCACAUUUUGUUUGAGGAGCAGUGGCCUACUUGCAGAAAAGGGGUGGAGUCUUGUGGGUAAACACCAGACGCUCAUUAACGCAGUUGAAUAUUGCAGGAACCUGAAAUGAUUGGCAGUCUUAAGGCAAAUAGUUGGUAUUUUCAUUACAUCCAGAGAAUGUAUUCUUUUUAGUCCUUACAUGAUUACAUUUCAGUCUGUAAAUUAUUCAUACCCCGACAACAUUUUGACAAAAAGUGUUAUAUAAUUUGUUGAAAAUUUAGAUAGAUGGGACACAUCAAAUGUCAAAAGAAACCUCUAAAGAUUUUAAUUCAUAAUCAAUACUUGGUAUUUCUACAUUUGGAUAAAACAGUCCCAAUACUUAUUGUCAUUUUUCAUGAAUAUAUGCUUACUGUUAUAAAGGCAUAGUAUAAUCACUAUUUAAAAAUAAUAAUAAUAAUAAUUAAAAAAAAAAAAAGGAUGCACUUUAACUCAAAAUUUGUCCAGGGUAUGAAUAACCUUGGGUCUACCUUUACACGCAACAGACUACAACAUCCCAGCUAUACCGGGUACAGGAGAGUGUAUGCGUGGCAAUGAAUCGAGCAGGACCUUUUUCCUCACUUGACAAAUGUAAAUACGUCCCUCAAAAGAUUGCUUUGUUGAACCCAAUCAUGAAGGCUUUAAAAAUGUGUAAGUCUAAAAUGUCUGAGUAUCAUCUUAAAGCAAACCGUCACUUUUAUGCUUUGUAAUGUUGCUUUUGUUAUGGGCAUAGUAUUGCAGUAAAAAUUGGCUGUUUAGCAAAUGAAAAGAAGGUAAAAUAAACAUUUAAAAAGGGAUAAAAGCAUUUUGUCCGCAAGUGUUCUCAAUUUUUCUGGAAAAGUGUACAUUUUAUGUCUGUAAAUAUUUCCAUUCCAAUGAAUGUUUCAUAGCAAAUGGCAAUGCACUGCAGUUUUUUUCCCCUAAUUUUUUUUUUUGUCUGAUGCAGUUGUGAAAAGUAGGAUGCAACACCGCAUGGAGCAUGUACAGUUGAUGCAUCUCUAGUCAUAUAAAAGCUGACUGUGAGACAAGUGUCACAUCACUGUGCCAGCUGUAAAAGACAUUGGAUGCCCGACAAGGCAAGGGGCACCGAUAAAGCAUCUCCUUGUGGUUUGAUUAGUUUACGCACACAAACACACGCACGCACACCCAAACACUCCCAGACACACGUUUGCUCACACACACAAACACACUAAUGUAUUCAGGAGAUAUAGAGAUAUGUAUUUUCAUAUAGGGACAUAUACGACACAAAAUAAGCCAAUCUUCUAUUUGCUGCUAAACAUCUGUGCUUGUUGUCUCUAUUCUGACAAGUGUUAGCUAUGAAUGAGGCUUAAGCUUGCAUGUGUGCGCAUGCACACACACACAC